AGGACUUCUAUGCUCCAUGCACUGUGCUCUGUUAGAUGCGUGGCUAUAAAAUUGUGAAAAGGAAGGCUUUUCUGGUAGCAAAAGGGUUAAGUUCUUUUUGCUUUACCAGUUUCAAAUUACAAUGAGAAGCCUCUUCUUUCCCAGCAGGGUUGUGCUUACAUUACUCUUUAGAUCUCCCUUGAAGAGGGCUGGUAUAUUUGUGCCUGCUGGAGGUGGAAUUAACAGUUAGAAGGAGAAAGGGAGUGAAUGAACUUACAGGAAGGUUUUCAAGUAAAUUCAGGGAAACACAUUUACUUGAAUAGUACAACCUUGAGUCUUAUUUUACACUAAGACGACACAAAAGACGUUAAAGUUAUCACCAAGCUGCCGGACCAAUAUAUAUUCCAACACCAAGGUGCAGAUCAGCAUAGAUCUGUGAUUCAGAAAUCAGGAUUUGUCUUGGAAAGAGCUCAAGGGUUGAGAAGAACUCAAGAGCAAGUGAAGAUAACUUUGGGAACUACAGUUUAUCAGAAGAUCAACUUUCGUUGAUUCAAAUACCAAAGGCCUGAUUAGCAUCAAUCCAUAUAGGAAUGCAUAGGUCAUCUGAUCAAAUACUAUUAGCCUUCUUCUGCUACAUCAAUGCAGGAAAAACUCUUACCAACUGUGGAUAAUUGGAAAUCCAAGUUUCAGCUUUCUUAGAAAUAACUACUCUUGACAUAUUCCCAAAUAUUUAAAAUAGGACAGGAAAAAUCAGUGAGGAUGUUAUGUUCAGAAAUGUCACUGUCAUGAAGAAUAGGUAAAUUUGUUUUUUCAGCUACUGGGAAAGCAUACCUCCUAGGAACUUAAGAUUUUUUUUUUUUUUUUUAAGAGGACAAGAAGGACUAAAAAUAUCAACUUCUGCUUUUGGACAAAAAUGCAUCUGACUAUAUUUCUACUUAGGAGUAUUGUGGGUUUCCUCUGGAGCUGCUGGGUUCUAGUGGGUUAUGCAAAAGGAGGUUUGGGAGACAAUCAUGUUCACUCCAGUUUUAUUUAUAGAAGACUACGGAACCACGAAAGACGGGAAAUACAGAGGGAAAUUCUCUCUAUCUUGGGUUUGCCUCAUAGACCCAGACCAUUUUCACCUGGAAAGCAAGCUUCCUCUGCACCUCUCUUUAUGCUGGACCUAUACAAUGCUAUGGCCAAUGAAGAAAAUCCCGAAGAGUCGGAAUACUCAGUGAGGGCAUCCCUGGCAGGAGAGACCAGAGGAGCAAGAAAAGGAUACCCAGCCUCUCCCAAUGGGUACACUCGUCGCAUACAGUUAUCUCGAACGACUCCUCUGACCACCCAGAGCCCACCUCUAGCCAGCCUACAGGAUACCAACUUUCUGAAUGAUGCUGACAUGGUCAUGAGCUUUGUCAAUUUAGUUGAAAGAGACAAGGAUUUUUCUCACCAGCGAAGGCAUUACAAAGAAUUCCGGUUUGAUCUGACUCAAAUUCCUCAUGGAGAAGCAGUGACAGCAGCUGAAUUCCGAAUAUACAAGGACCAGAGCAAUAGUCGAUUUGAAAAUGAAACAAUUAAGAUUAGCAUAUAUCAGAUCAUCAAGGAAUACACAAAUAGGGAUGCAGAUCUGUUCCUGUUAGACACAAGGAAAGCCCAAGCUUUAGAUGUGGGUUGGCUUGUCUUUGAUAUCACUGUGACCAGCAAUCAUUGGGUAAUUAAUCCACAGAAUAAUUUGGGUUUACAACUCUGUGCAGAAACAGGAGAUGGACGCAGUAUCAAUGUAAAAUCCGCUGGUCUUGUGGGAAGACAUGGGCCUCAGUCAAAACAACCGUUCAUGGUGGCCUUCUUCAAGGCAAGCGAGGUACUUCUUCGAUCCGUGAGAGCAGCUAACAAACGGAAAAAUCAACACCGCAAUAAAUCCAGCUCUCAUCAGGACUCCUCCAGAAUGUCCAGUGUUGGAGAUUAUAAUACAAGUGAACAAAAACAAGCCUGUAAGAAGCAUGAACUCUAUGUGAGUUUCCGGGAUCUGGGAUGGCAGGACUGGAUUAUAGCACCAGAAGGAUAUGCUGCAUUUUAUUGUGAUGGAGAAUGUUCUUUUCCACUCAAUGCUCACAUGAAUGCCACCAACCAUGCCAUAGUUCAGACUCUGGUUCAUCUGAUGUUUCCUGACCACGUACCAAAGCCUUGUUGUGCUCCAACCAAAUUAAAUGCCAUCUCCGUGCUGUACUUUGACGACAGCUCCAAUGUCAUUUUGAAAAAAUACAGAAAUAUGGUAGUGCGCUCAUGUGGCUGCCACUGAUGUUAAGUAGUAAUGGUAACAAGAAGAAGAUCUGUAUUAAGGUUUAUGACUAUAAUAAAAAGUAUGCUUUCAGACAAGAAGGGAAUUUCAUAAAAUUAGUCUGGUUCAUUUCAUCUCUGUACCUAUGUACAAUAUUGUGUAUAUAGUCACUUUUAUUUAUUUAAAGGUAUAUAUUCUCCUUUGUGGAUGCCUUAUCAAUAAAAUCUAUUUCAUAGGUCUGUUACACAAUAGAUAGCCUGGUGUAACUUUCAAUGGGCUAUGCUAAGUCCAAUUCAAUUCCAUUUCAACAUUUUUUCUAAUACGAUUUUUUUAUAAUGUUCUGAAAUUAGUCAGAACUCCUUUGCAUGUUAAUCACUGGUGAAGGAGAUUGAAUGCAUUUGGUUAUGUUGUGCCAGUGAAAACUGAUAGGAUAUUUAUUUAGAAAUAAAACUAAAAAAAAAAAAAAAAAACCCAAACAAAAAUGCUUGGAUAAACACAAUUUUUCUUUCAGAGUUUCUGCUUCAUUAGAUAAAAUGAAAUGUUGACCUGGAUUUGAAUAAAUAAGCUGUAGGCAGAACAUAGAGGCUGAAAGAUUACACAUAAUUGUUAUAACUGUUUGCUUUAACAGAGUUGGUGUAACUGGAGGAGCAUGUUCCUUCUUGGCUUGUGUAUUGUAGAUUUUGCAAAGCGCUCAAAGCUUCAGGAAUUCUGUGGAGACAGGCUUGAGCCUGUGUCCAUAACUUUCCAAGUUAACACUAAAAAAUUGUAGUACAACCUUCUUACCUCAAAUAAAUCAUGUCUGCCUAUUAUCUAGAACACUACUGCUGCAGAUUUUUUUCAGAUUUAAAAACAGUCCAAAAUAAAGAAACAUUUACAUGCGCUCUACUUCCCUCCCCACAGACAAGAGUCACUGCAUUCAUAAAACAUAGCGCGCAAAGAUGCCGACAGAGCCAUUUUCUUUAGCUCUCCUUUAUAACUGAGUUUGCUGAUUGAUGUGAUGCAAGGGAUUUUAUUUAGGGUAAAAGCACUGAAACUAAAGUGAAGGAAAUUACCAAAAAUCCCAGAAUGGCUUUGACAGAAUUGCCAUUUCGAAAGAACAGCUGAAAUCCAUUUUUCAUAUCUUUGAGAACGAGCUCAAUGAAAACCUUAUUUUGUAAGAGGAUUUUGUAAACCUUCCUCCAAGCACAAAUAAUUCCAAAUGGGAAGGUUCUGUUGUGUGUAUAUGCAUGUGUAUUCUUCCCUCUGAAAUUAAUUUAUUUUCUUUCUUUGCCUUCUAAGGCUUUUCUUUAACACACAUUAACUUUCGGAAGAAUGGCAUUUAGAUGGAUUACUUGCAAUUUAUGGUGGCUCCACGGUUAAGCUUAUUUACAGCUCAUCUAAAAUAUUCAUAAAGCACCAUUUAUUAAUCACAUUUUUGGACUUUUCAAAUAAAACUUAUAUCAGAAAUAGCUUCAAAAAUAUUAUGGUUUUUGUUUGUAAUUCAGGUAUAUUACAAUGUUGUUUUAAAAUACAGUUUAUCAAAGAAAAUUUGAUAAUAACUAUAUUGGGGGGUACAUUAAGUAAUAUAUUUUUAAAUAAAUAGUGUACCAUUGUAAGAAUAAGAAACGGAAGUCUAUUAUAUGAUUCUUCAAAUGUGCUGUUUAAAUAUAUUUCUAUAUUUUAAAAUAUAUUAAACUUGUGAUGUUAGUUUCUACUGAUUUGGCUCUUUAUUUAAGAGGGAUACAAAAAUGUAAGUAUGUCAUACGCUGAGACUCUAAGAAUAUCAGAUGUAAAAUGUUGGUGGAUUACAUGAUUCCUUAUGUUGUUUUUAAUUGCCAAAACUGGUUUUUGUGUUUUUAAUAAAUAAUCCACUGUUAAAUGGAUAAAGCAACAAUCCAUGAAUUAAAUAUCUUCUUAAUCUGCCCAAACAACAAAGAAAUUUUUAAAAUAGCAAAAAUGAUAAGGAUGGAAAAUUAUCUCACUUGUUCUUUUUCACUUGAGAGGAAAUAAUUGGCAUCAGUAUUUUCAUAAUUUUUCAGACUAGGUAUAUGACUGUAUAUACAUAUAUGCACAUAUGCUCAGUUAAAUUAUUCUCAAAUAGCUAUAACAGUAUAUUUGUAGUAUUACUUUGGUAAUACUUAAGCUACUAUCAGAAGCCAGAAUAAUGUAGCCUGUUUUAACAGGAUCCAAACAACUCAGGACUUUUUAGCUAGUUAGGUAUUGGCUUUUUGUUUGUGUGUUUGUUUUUAAAUUUCUUGCUUUAUAUGUA